CAGACCAGUCACCGUAUUCAAUACUUCAAGCCCAUCGGAGUUUCUUCUUUCUUUCCCGCAGAACCCUUCCAAAGCAACACCCUGAGGAACGAAUCGACCAACGACUGCAAAUCAAGUAAUCAACGCAUUUGAGCAAAUGUUGAGACGAAAACUCUCAUCUUUAUUAUCGAACUCCGUUAGAAAUGCAUCAGUUUACACCAAAUCAACGUCACAUUUCCCAAUCACAAAGCUGUUGCACAACCCAAUUCACCAUUCAAACCUAUUUCAGAAACCCGUUAAUUCAUUUGAGGUUCACAGCAUUAGGGCUUACAGUUUGUUGAGCUUGAAUGAUCUGAGGGACAACAAAGGUGCUACGAAACAGAAAACAAGAAAGGGUCGUGGAAUCGGGUCGGGUAAGGGUAAGACUGCGGGUAGGGGUCAUAAGGGGCAGAAAGCUAGAGGGACUCAUAAGUUCGGUUUUGAAGGUGGGCAAACUCCCUUGAGGCGUAGAAUGCCCAAGAGGGGUUUCAAGAACCCUUUCAGCCUUGAAUUUCAGCCAGUUGGUUUGGGAAAGAUUGCAAGGUUGAUCAAUGCUGGGAAGAUCGACUCUUCAGAGCUCAUCACAAUGAAAACUCUAAAGGAUACAGGGGCAAUAGGAAAACAAAUAAGAGAUGGAGUGAGGUUGAUGGGACGUGGUGCUGAACAUAUACAAUGGCCAAUUCAUCUUGAGGUGUCACGGGUGACUGUGCGUGCAAAAGAAGCGGUUGAAGCAGCGGGUGGGUCCGUGCGAAAAGUGUAUUACAACAAACUCGGUUUCCGUGCGCUUUUGAAACCGGAGUGGUUUGAAAAGAAGGGGAGACUCAUUCCAAAAGCAGCAAGACCGCCACCUAAGCAAAUGGAUAAGGUUGAUAGUAUUGGCCGAUUGCCAGCUCCCACAAAGCCGAUUCCCUUUACCGAAGAAGAUGAUGACAAACAAGCUGCCAUGUCAGCUUGAAAAACAUACCUUUU